AUGACAACCGAAUUCCUCAGCCACUCCGGCGACGCGCUCCUUGGCCGCUCAACCCACACAUCCUACUUCGACUUCGUAAUCGCCGAGCGACCCAUCUACAUCCCCAACUCCGGACCCCCCCUCUCACCCCUCUCCAUCAUGCCUUCACACGACAAAGACGGGGUGAUCGAGGAUGAAAUCUCACGGCCUGACGGAACUUGGUUCUACGUGGUUACGUACCCCGAGAAACCGGCGUUGAGGGUGAGUGUCAAGCCGCAGAAUAUCUUGAAAUGGGUAUCCAGACGUACAUUAGAGGAGUGGGAUAUCGAGGAGAGUAAGCGGAAAGAGGAGGUUCGGGCGGAUGCUGAGAGGGAAGUAAAGAUGAAUGCGUCACGUGGUGUGGAGAUUGUGAAGCCAAAGCAGAGGAGGAAGAGGAAGGGUGUAGCGAAAGCUGUUCCGGUGGGGAAGCGGAGAUCGUCUGCUGCAGCGGGACCGGCGCGGAUGAGACAGCUCGUAGAGGAAGAAACGGCCGUUUUCACUUCCCCAACAAAAUCGCAAAAGGCGAAGGGGCCAUCCCUUACUAACCCUCAGGCGAGCGUGUUAGCUGGGCUAGAUGAUUCCGGCGAGGAAAUUGACGAGGAUGAACUGGCAAUCGCAGCGCAACUCCGAAUCGACCCACGAAAUUUUAUCUCAAGAAACUCACGAUCUCGCUCUACAACCGCACCACCCCGUCAAACACCCUCCUCCUCAUCCACACCCCGUCGAACAGCUGCCUCCCCCUCAGCAAGCACAGCACCAAGUCCCUUCUUCUCCUCCCGCAACCCAACCGCUGCAUCUUCCUCCUUGACCGCCUACCAAACCUUCGAAUCCCUAGAACGGCAGUCCCAGAUCCGGACGCAAACCCCUCUCGCUCAGUCUCCCAAGAAAAACAUGACUAUAGCACAGAAAUACUCAUCCCUCCCCCGCGCCGGACCGAAUAUGUUCAACCUCUCCACCGCCGCAUCUCACUCCUCGCCAUUGAAAUCAGUGCAUAAACCGUAUUCCCCUCCAAACCCAGACGAAGCCUUGGAUCGAGGGGACGUGCUGUCGAGUUCUUCAGAGGAAGAAGGCGAGAGUGAGUGGGAAGUCGACACCAUCCUCGACGACACGUCGUACAUCGACGCCUCGGGUGUGCGUCAGACGUAUUAUCUGAUUAAAUGGGUGGGCGACUGGGAUGAUAGUUGGGAGCCGGUGGAGAAUGUGAGUGAGGGGGUGGUGGGGAGGUAUUUGGCUAAGAAGGGCAGUAGUGGUGGUGAGGAGAAAUCUCAGGGGAAAGGCAAGGGUAAAGAAAAGAUUGUAAGGCGUGAGGAGGAAGCGAUGGAUGAAGUUUCAGAAAAAGGAUUAUUCGUCAGUGACGACGACGCGGGUAUGCAUUCUCCAAGGGGGUUGAGUGAUAUGUACAGACGAUUCUGA